AGAAAAAGAAAGGGGUUCAUUUAGCUUGUUUGGGAAGCAGAUGGAGAGGAAGAAGACAAAGAGUCAGGUCAAGCUGGUGAAACUAAAAGACGCCAUUAACCUAAUCGACCAACAUGUUAAUCUCCUUGGUAUCGUUCUUGACCGAAAAGAACCCAAGCUCUGCCGCAACAACGCUUGGAUAUGUACGCUUCGUAUAAUCGAUGAUUCCUACGAAAGACCUGGCCUUACUGUUAAUGUAUUCAGUAAUAAGCGUGAAGAACUCCCGAACCACGAUGGCAUGAUUCUGUUUCUAAACAUCAAGAUGAAAUGUUAUGGUGGUGGGAACAGAGUAAAUGCUGCCUGUAACAAAGGGGUUUCUUCCUUUGCCUUGUUUAAAAGGCGAACCGACAAGGAGUUUAUAUGUUACCAACGCACCUCCAAUUUUCCCGGUGAAGAGAGAUACAAGAGUUCUAUGGACGAGCUAGCCAAAUUGUUUCCUACUAGUUGCAGCCUUGAUCAAAAUCUGGAGUUUUUAUUUUUGAGGGAGAUCAAGGAAGGAAAACCCUUCAAUCUGCUGUGCAAGAUCCUCCUCCAUGUCGUCAAUGAAGAAGAAGACAUGAGCACCAUUUUCGUUUGGGAUGGAACUGAUGCACCCCCAGCUUCUAUUGGGUUUAAAGACAAGUCAGCUGUUAGCAAUCUCUCAGUUCUCUCAAGAGAUACAUUGCGCAGCUUUCCCACUGUUGGAUCCAUAUUGAGACUCUCUCUAAGUAAUCAUCUGUUAUAUGGUGUUAAACCUGGUGGCUGGGUGAAACUCUACCAGUUACUCUGUGUAGUUGAUAAGGGAUCUUGGGUAGCUAGUGUUACGGACUCCACAACGGUUACUCUAGCACAUGAUGAUCAUUUAGUAGAAAAGAUUAUGAGGAUUUAUGAUAAGAGAAUCACAUCAAAGUUUGGGCACAUUCCGUUUUGGUGUUUUCCAUCUCCUCCGGGAUUUACAGGAACUGAUGACGAUCAAGCCCCAUUUGUUACACUCAGAGACAUUAUAACUUUCCCCAAGGUUACAUACAAAUACAGAUGCAUUGUUCGAGUCGUAUCUGCAUUUCGUUCGCAAGAAGAGGACGAGAAUCGUCAUUACCGAGUUUUGUUGACCCUGGAGGAUCCAACAGCAACUUUGGAGGCUUUCUUAUGCGACAAAGACGCAGAGUACUUUUUUGGUUUAGGGUUACAGAACACAGAGAUGUUGAGGAAGAAGUGGAAUCAGUUGCUUGGAAUAACAAGGGAAAGCUCAGUAUCUUUGGCUACAAGAAAUCCACCAUGGAUCGAGUGCUGUAUCUUCUCCUAUUAUACCAAUAAAGCUGACCCUUGGAAUACUAGAUUAUACAAAAUAUUUGGCACUCGCCUUCUUGAUUUAGAAGCUGUUUAGUGGGUCAAAUGACUAGAAAUUUAGGUAUUUAGACCAUGUUUAUAAAUGUAGGAUGUUGUUGACUUGGCUGUCAUUGAGACCAUAUAAAGUAGUGGCAAAUUUGUUUUAAGUA